AAUAAAUAAAUUAAAAACAAUGGAACAUGAAGUAAAUAAUGUCGAUUUCAAUAUCAAAUGCUUAUAUAUUCCUAGUGACGGUAGGGGUAAUAGCGACCUGUCCCAUUUGAAUUCAAAGUAUAGAAAAUAAUAUUAGCGGCCUUUUGAAUUUGAAUCUCGUAAUUUUUAACGGUUGAAUUCUACCUUUUCCUCCUCUUUACUCUCCCCCUCUUCCCUUCCCUCAGCAACCCAAUCCCACUCCCCCCUCGCUAUGGCUUCGCUUACUCCAGGAAUCCUCCUAAAGCUCCUCCAAUCCAUGAACUCCCCCACCCGCGUUACCGGCGACCACCGCUCCGCUCUCCUCCAAGUAAUUGGUAUCGUCCCAGCUCUAGCAGGUUCCGAUCUCUGGCCCAACCACGGCUUCUACGUUCAACUCUCAGAUUCCCUCAACUCCACCUACGUUUCUCUCUCCGAGCGCGAUACGGAAUUAAUCCUCUCCAACCGGCUCCAGCUUGGCCAGUUCGUCUACGUUGACCGCUUCCAUUUUGACUCCCCCGUGCCACUUGUCUCCGGCAUUCGCCCAAUUGCAGGUCGCCAUCCUUUCGUUGGUUCCCCUGACCCUCUCAUCGCCCGCAUUUCCUCUUCCAAAAGGGAUUUCGUUAUACAACCCGUACCUGAAUCCGAAUACUCCGUGGAUCCGAUUGCGGUUUACUUGUCUAACAAGAAAUUGGAGCAACAGCAAACUCCAAUUGAAAACAAGGAUUCGAGAAUCGAAAAGCUGAAAACAAGGCAGCCUCUCGCCCCCAGAGAUAAUGUUAAAGUCAAUGAAAAUUUGGAAUCUGAAUCCAAGGUUUCAGAAAAGCCUCCACAAAGAUUUUCAUCUCCGGCCAUGGCCAAACGUUCCUUUUCAGCUGUUAAAAAAACCAACGCGACGGUUGUGGAAAGAGAUCCAUCUCCGGCUGGGACAGGGAAGAGAUCUGCAUCUCCGGUACCGUCAAAAUGCGUGGUACCGAGCUUGGUGGCAGCGAAGGAAGAGAAUAGGAAAGUGGCGAGAGAGCCGGCGAUCAUAGUACCGUCAAGGUAUAGGCAACCUUCGCCUAACGGAAGGAAGCAGGCAUCACCGACUGCUCGAAGAGUAUCGCUUUCUCCAGGGAGGAGGUUGUCUGGAGGGUUGAAGGUUUCGCCCUCUGUAGGAGAUUCAAAGAAGAGGAUGGCAACGAUUGUUGCUGGGAUUUCGAAGGUCUCAGAAGCUCUAGUGGGGUCAGCCAAGAGUAAUAGGAAGAACUUGGAUGAGCAGCCAGAGAAAGGUUCAGGAGAACAAAAGGAGAAAACUUCUGUUAAGACUAAGCCGGAUCUGCAAGCAAUUUUGAGGACUCAGGCGGCCAUUUCUAGACGUUUAAGUGAUGCAAAUAGUCAGAAAUCCAAUGAUGAAAAUUCUUCAAGCAAUGGGAAAACAAAAGCUAGCCCACCUGAAGAAGGUUCGGCCCCAGAGAAAUCAACAUGUGAGGGUGGGCUUUUGGGAAUCACCAUUCAUGAUAAGAAAUGGACUGAUGGCAGUGUUUCAUGGGAUACCCUUUCUGCUGAACUUGCAAAGCUUGGAAAGGAGGCUAUGCAAAGGAGAGUUGUUGCCUCUAAAGCUGCGGCAGAGGCAUUGGAGGAGGCCAUUGCUACCGAGUCUGUUGUCAGAAAUUUAAGCAUGUUUUCAGACCUUUCCUCUAAAUCCAAGGCCGGGAAUCCUUUGCCCACCAUUGACCAAUUUUUAUUGAUUUAUGAUGAUGUCGUGAAGUACACUGGGAUCGCCGAGACUGUUGCAACCAGCCACAAUUCUGACACAGAAAACGCCUCCACGGAGCACUCAAAAUCCUCUUCUCUAUGGGUUGAAGCUGCACUGGCUACUGAUCUUGAGAUAGUCUCCCUUCUAACCCCUCAGAACAAUGAGUCUCCAUCAGCAUUGCAGAGAAGUUUGUCAAAAGGGCAAUAUCAUCAUGCUUCACCCAAAAAGCAACCCAAAGCUAGUUCAUUCCCACAGCUGGAAGCCACUACUGCAAUAUGGACUAGAGGUCAGGGAAUGAAAGAGACAGUGCAUUUAGCAAUGAACUUGAAGUCUGAGAUGCAAAUGUGGUUUCUUCGCUUCAUUGAGGAGUCCUUGGAUGCGGGUUUCAGGGUGCUUGGAGAGUGUGCUUCUGGUGGUAGUAAAACAUUACCUUUGGACUGUGCAGCAGUUUUAUCACAGUUGAAACGGGUCAAUGAUUGGUUAGACGGGGCGGAUGCAAAUGGGGAUGAGCCAUUGGUAGACAAGGUUGAGAAAUUGAAGAGGAAAAUCUAUGGCUUUGUCAUUCAGCAUGUGGGAACCACUUUUGACAAUUCCACGCAUCUUUCUUCAUCUUGAUUAUUGGUAUUAAACAAGAAUGUCUAUUUGUUUUAAGUUAUUCAGUCUUGCGGAUAACGUUGAUCAUUGUGUAACUAUGGCAGAUAGCAUCAUUUUGUUGGCGUUGUCUUAAUUUGUUGUUUAGUUAAAAACCAUCUUCGGAUUUUAUCUCAAACAAGCCAAAAGUAUUUGAAAGUUUUAACUUUU